ACUCCAAACUUCAGAAUGGUUGUGUUCAUAUAGCAGUAAUACUGUUAUGUUUGACUACAAUGAUGAGAAAAUUUGAUGCCAUGUGACACGACUUUGAUCAAAUCCUGUGUUCUGACUGCUCAGAUUUGCACAUUUUUUUAAAUAUAAAACCUGCAGCACUUUUAUAUUGUCUCUACAUCUGUCAUUUAACCAGCUGAGCUCAGUUCGUUUGUUCUGAUCAGAGCUUCUACUGUAUCAGUAGAUUACAUCUGAGGUGGAAUUCAAUUAAAUGUGUAACCUUCAGUGACCUCUGACACACUCAGUCCUCCUCACCAGCAGGAGGCGCUGCAGCCGUGAAGUUUGUCUGCAGGUGUGAAGUCUGAGCUCGGUUCAGUCACUUCAUACAGCUACAGGUGUCCUCCGAUGAAGCAGUUCAGACACUCCGCUGGAUCUGAUGUCGGAGCUGCAGCUGGAGAAUGACCCGUAGAGGACAAUAAGGGAGUUUGUUCGGGCUCAGGUUGGAAGUUUGAAUCCCACCCGUUGCUCCAUGUGACGCCCAUCAGGAGAGACUCUAAGACAACAACCAUGAAGCGAAACAAGCAGAUCAACAUUAGACAUGCUCUUGCUCUGGCGGGCACCUUUAGCUUCCUGUCGUGCUGCACUAAAGCCUGCCUGCUGCCCUUCCUCACCCUCUACUUCAGACAGCUGGGCCUGAACCCGGCCAUGACCGGCAUCAUCAUGGGGACCAAACACCUGGUGUCUCUGGUGUGGAGCCCUUUGGCCGCUCUGCUGUCCAAGCACUACAACAAGAGGCGGGCGGUGAUCGUUGCGUCUCUUUUGUCUUCGGCGGUGGUCGCUCUGCUGCUGCUGCUUCUGCCGCCUGUAAACGUGCACAUGCAGGUCAGCAGCUGCAACAUGUCGGCCCUGAGAGUCGAUCCGACGCAAAGUGUGGAGACCAAAGUGCUCACGAGUCGUGUCUCACCUGGAACUGCAUCAACUGAGACACACCCAGAAGCUCCUGUUUCCCUGUCUGUUGUCCCUCCUGCUGUCAACACAGUCAAAGAUACAAUAUCUGUUGUUACGACGGGCAAAUCUUCACCGCAUCUGCAUGAUCACCCCCAUGAGAAUACAUCAGUGGUGGUACACAAUAGUCUCACAACAGAAUCCAGUGUGAGCUCUGUCCAGACUGCAAUGAAGAAUAAGAGAUCAGCUCCGGCUCAGGGGGGCAAGCAGGAGGGCGGCUUGGACUUCCUGGGCAGCCUGAAGGCGAUGGACGACCUGCACCAGCUCUUCUUCAUGAUCCUCCUCAUCGUGUUGCUGUGGGAGUGCGUGUCCUGUCCUCUGGAGUGGACCGUAGACGACGGCUUGUACGAAUAUCUAGACUUUGCGGACGCCUCGGACCACUACAGCAACACCGGGAUGUGGGGGCUACUGGGGGCGGCGCUCGGCGUCGGUGGAACUGGGUUACUGGUCAGCACUUUGAACUGUCUCAUCGCCGCCAACACGCCCAGGAUCGCUGCACAUUUCUACUUCUACGCCGGCCUGGUGGCUCUGAUCCUCCCCGUGGCCAUGUCCCUCCCUCUACACCUGAACAAGAAGCGGGACCGGGCCAACAGGCUGCUGAAGGCCGUGCAGCUGAUCCGCGGUUCCCCCCACGCUCUGCUCUGCGCCUUCACCACCCUGCUGGUUGGGGUUGCAGGCUCAGCUGUGGAUAACUUCCUCCUGUGGCAGAUGCAGGAUCACGGCAGCAGCGAGCUCCACAUGGGGCUGUCUCUGGCCGUCGCUCUGCUCUCACAGGCCGCCUUCCCUCUGCUGGCCGGCCGAGUCUCCAAACUCCUCAGCCCGGGGAGGAUCCUCACCAUCGGGGCAGCCAGUUUGAGCCUGCAGUGCUUCUACUACUCGUUCCUGUGGUCGGCAUGGGCUGCUCUGCCUGCACAGCUGCUCAACUGCCUCAGCGCUGGAGCCCUCUGGUGGGCGGUGAAGGUCCAGUGUGAGGACGUUGCCACGGCGGGGGCAGAGAGGAAAGUGAAGAGGACCUACGAGUCUCUGUCUCUGCAUCUUGGAGGUGGGCUGGGGAGCUUUGCAGGAGGUUUUGUGGUGCAGCGGUUUGGGCUGGCGUGGCUGUUCAGAGGGGUAGCGGUGGGGUUGAUGCUGUGGUGUGUGUUUCUGCCUCUGCUCCAGUGGAAAGCCCCUCGCCAGCGCAGGAUUAACUACUCCCGUCUUCUGGCAGCCGAGGCGAGUGAAGCCAGCGACUCUGAGUCUGAGCAGGACAGAGACUGGCUGGAUAAAGCCGUGGACGCUGACGGAGGAAACAACAGCUCCGGACAGAGAAGAAACCACUGAACUCUGUAGUGUGAGAAAAGGACGCAUAGAAGUGUGCAGAGAUUCACAAAAAUCAUCAAAUAAUUUCUAUCAGCAUGGAUUGGAGCCUCACUCAGACACGUCACUGUUAACCCUGGAAAACCCACCGCUGCAAAAAUACGUCAGAUUUAGUUUUUAAAAUUAUAAUUUACUGUUUUUAUAUAUGUAUAUAAAUAUUCAUAGAAAUGAGAAAAAUAAGAUAAAACAAAAAAUGUUCUAGAGAAUUAAAAAAUAAUAAUUUUUAUAUAUAUAUAUAUAUAUAUAUGUGUGUGUAUAUAUAUAGUUGUUUUUUGUUUUGUUUAUUGUGGAGUUUUACAGGGUUAAUAUAAAGUAGCUCAGAGUGGGAUAAUUGAUUUUCCUCCCUGUCAGGUUUAAUUACAGUCUAAGUGUUGACUUUUAACUCUCAUUACUUUUUCAUCAGAAUUAAACGUCAUGGUAUCCCGUCUGUCCUUCCACCGGGCUCUACUGACAGAUUUAAGGACUCGUACAAUUUGCAUAAGCAGCCCUUGUGUUUAAAGCAAACAGCACAGGAGGAUUACAGGUGUGCAGAAACAGCUCAGACAUGACAAAAGACACACAGGAGCUUCCCACAAGGAGUGUAAACACAAAGCGUGUGCACAGGGUGAGGCCAGAGCGAGCUGGCAUCCUGUUUAACCGCACCUGAACAUGCGGUUUAUCUUGUGUAGAAAUCUGCUGUCAGGUGUCGCGUUUGUGGCUCUUUGCGAACUCCAGUGUGUGAACUGAUUAAAGAAGCUGAAGAGUGC